UCUAUAAAACUACACACAUUCUUCUUCUUUUGUUAUUUAUUAUUACUCAUCAAACUUUAAACAUCUCUAGUUUUUUUUUCCCCAAUUUAAAAAAAGAACUGAAAUGUCUAAACAAUGGAUGAGCUUAGUUGGAGCAUUAUGGUUACAAUCAAUGGCUGGAACAAACACAAAUUUUCCAGCUUAUUCUUCGCAAAUUAAAAAACUAUUAUCGAUUUCUCAAAUUCAACUCAACAACUUAGCAUUCGCUUCGGAUGCUGGAAAAUUACUUGGUUGGUUUGCUGGAAUUGCAGCUAAUUAUUUACCUCUUUGGUUAGUUCUGUUAAUUGGUUCAAUACUUGGAUUGAUUGGUUAUGGAGUACAAUAUCUUUUCCUCACAAAUCAUAUAAAUUCAUUAUCGUAUUGGCAUGUAUUUUCACUCACUUUUUUAGCUGGAAACAGUAUUUGUUGGAUCAAUACUGUAUCGUAUAUCGUAUCGAUUCAGAAUUUCCCUUUAGAUAGACAAAUUGCAGUUGGAAUAUCAACUAGUUAUAUGAGUUUAAGCGCUAAGAUUGUUACUGAUAUAGUUGAUGUUGUUAACGUUUACGCCCCGAGUAAAAGGGCUGAAACUUAUCUAUUGAUGAACUCUGUUUUACCCCUGUUUUUCGCCAUUGUUGUUGCUCCGGUGAUUCGGGAGAUGAAAAUUGAUAAAUCGAGAAAGUUAUCAGAUGGAUUCCGAGUUAUGUUUGUUAUUACUAUUGCAACGGGGAUAUAUGCUGUGUUCACUAGCGUAAAACCUGCAAUUUCGAAGCUAUUGCCAAGUUUAUUGAGUUUAAUUGGAAUGGUGAUUUUUUUGUUGUUACCAAUCGUCGUCCCGUUGGUUGAGAAUAUGAAAGAACAUUGGCAUGGAAAAUGUUGGCUAAGAAGAGAUCCAAGGAUUUGUGAUUUGAGUAAAUUGGAGGAAGAUGUUAAAACACGAGAAGAGGUGAUUAAAGAGGAUAGUGAUGUUGGAUUUGAAGUAAUGGAGGAAAUUGGAGCUAAGAGAAUGUUGAUGAAAUUGGAUUUUUGGUUAUAUUUUUGUGCUUAUUUGUUUGGUGGAACAUUGGGUUUGGUUUAUUUGAAUAAUUUGGGACAAAUUGCUGAUACUCGUGGAUUUACUGAAACUUCUUCAUUGGUUUCACUAUCAUCUUCAUUUGGCUUCUUUGGUCGUCUUCUUCCUUCACUCUUCGACUAUCUUUUCUCCAGGAGUAAAUAUGCAAUAUCAAGACCAGCUACGAUAGGUUUAACACUAGCACCAAUGACAGGAGCUUUCUUUUUACUACUCAACAAUAGUCACAUUUCACUUUAUAUUAGCACAGCUAUAAUUGGAAUUUGCACUGGAGCAAUUACUUCAAUUUCAGUUUCACAAACCACUGAACUAUUUGGGACCAAAAAUUUUGGUGUUAAUCACAAUAUUGUGGUAGCAAAUAUACCAAUUGGUUCAUUUAUAUUUGGUGAUUUGGCAGCUAUGCUUUAUAGAAAAAAAGAAAAUUUCUUAGGUAGUUGUUUGGGAAUUAAAUGUUUUCAAACAACUUUUAUUAUAUGGGGUUGUCUUUGUUCACUAGGAACUUGUCUUGCUUUUAUUCUUCAUAGAAGAACACAAAAAUUUUAUACACAUUUACGUGGAGGAUAUUAAUACUAUAUUUAUGUAAUAGUAUUGUUUAGUGGUAAGAUGUAACGUUAAUGUAUAGUAUAUAUUAUUAUAUAAUGUAAAUAAAAGAUUUUGUAAACGA